AUGUUGCAUUAUCCAGCGAGCAAUUCGGCGACUAUGGACAGAACGAAUACUUUUGUUUCUUCACUUUCACUAAUCGAUGGAAACACUCCUAUUCCUGAAAUUCUCUUUUGUUUGAAAAAACUGACCGGACUGACGAUUGUAAAUGGUGCUUUCUCAGAUGGCAUUGUACCCGAUAGUUUGGCAAAUUUACAACAAGUGAACACCAUUCAAAUGUUGAACUCGUCGAUUAUGAAUUUAACCAAUCAAUUUUCGUCUCUCAUUCAUCUCUAUUCAUUAACCUUGAAUAAUUGCUCGCUUUCCGAGAUUCCCAGUCUGAGUAACAUGCCGUAUUUACGACAUGUUUAUCUUGACAAUAAUCGUCUGUCAAGAAUCGAAGGAUUUCGAACCGAUGUGGAUUGCUUACAUGUUGCUGAUAAUCUCUUCACCGAAAUACCAUUUUUCAAAACUCCGACUAGUCUGGCAAUUCUUCGGAUGAACAAUAAUCCGUUGAAAGAUAUAAGUUCAAUCGAUUCUUUCACUUAUCUCGCUAUUCUGGAACUUCGAAAUACAACACUGAUAUCGAUUCCGAGCACGAUUGACAAACUGCAAAGACUCUAUCAUUUGGAUUUGUCUCAUAACAAACUCGUUCAUUUGCCACGAAGCAUUUUCAAAUUAAAAUACCUUGCGGAACUUUAUAUUAAUAACAAUAUGUUCUCCUCGGAAGAAAUUCAAACACUACGAAUGGAAUUUAGCAAAACUCAUCCGAACAUGACUUUGCGUAUCUAA